UCUAGUUUCAACUUCAUCUUUGCUUCUACUUCUUCUUCUGAGCUUAAAAAUACAAAACAAAAAUGGCUUCCUUCUUUCACAGACUGGCUAAAGCCACUCCAUUAGCAGCAUUUCAUGGCCAACGCAAGUCCACUAGUAGACUCCCCUUUGGAGCUCUCGCCGCACUUUCUGGUGGAGUCUCUUACUUGUACUACUAUUCCUCCUCGGAUUUGGUUCAGCUAGAUUCAAUCAAGGAAGAAACAGGCCCAAAAAUUGCAUUGAAUCCGGAUAAGUGGAUUGAAUUCAAGUUGCAAGACACAGCUAGGGUUAGCCACAAUACUAAAUUAUUCAGAUUUUCAUUUGAUCCCACUGCAAAGUUGGGUUUGGAUGUCGCUUCCUGUCUCCUUACGAGGGCUCCAUUGGGACAAGAUGCUGAAGGGAAACCAAAAUAUGUAGUUCGCCCGUACACUCCCAUAUCAGAUCCAGAUUCAAAGGGGUAUUUUGAUUUAUUGAUUAAGGUGUAUCCAGAAGGAAGAAUGAGUCAGCAUUUUGCAAGCUUGAAGCCAGGCGACGUGGUUGAAGUGAAAGGGCCUAUUGAAAAGCUCAGAUAUUCUCCCAAUAUGAAGAAACACAUUGGAAUGAUUGCUGGUGGCACAGGAAUUACUCCAAUGCUUCAGGUUAUUGAGGCUAUCCUGAAAAAUCCGGAUGACAACACACAGGUUUCUCUUUUGUAUGCUAAUGUCUCCCCAGAUGACAUACUGCUUAAACAGAAACUUGACAUACUUGCAGCUAGCCACCCAAACCUAAAGAUAUUCUACACAGUUGAUAAUCCAACAGAAAAUUGGAAAGCGGGCAAAGGUUUUAUCUCAAAGGAGAUGGUUGUAAAAGGCUUACCUGGUCCUGGUGAAGAUUCUCUCAUUCUUGUAUGUGGCCCUCCUGGGAUGAUGAAACAUGUUUCUGGUGGCAAGGCCAAAGACUGGUCACAAGGAGAGGUCUCUGGCAUACUCAAAGAACUUGGUUAUACAGAAGAAAUGGUUUACAAAUUUUGAGUGACAAGAGUUGAUUCGGCAUCUAAAGCAGUUACUAGUUUUACUUCUAGAUUAUGUGCAAUAAAAUGUAUUUCUCAGGGAAGACGAGUCCAUCAAGUUAUCAAGAUGAGAUGGUUUUUUUUUUCUUACAGAAAACCACUUCUGGAUGGGUGUCCAUUCUUGUUUGAGUUUUCACUUGGAAGAAAUUUCAAGGGUCCUGAAUAUCAACCAUUAUAAUACAAGCUUUCAUAAACAUUUAAUUGUAUGGUGAAAUUUAUUGGUUUUCCAAUAACAAAAUCACAAGCAAAGGUUCGAAUCUUGUGAAACAGCA